UGUAUGAUGUGUUACAUUUGCAACAGUCUCUUGUGCUCAUUUUGACAAACUCCAGUUACCAGUUCUAGUCUUCCCACGAUCAAAUUCUGUCUCUUCAAUUCAUUGUGAACUGUUUUAUGUUUUGCGUGUCUCUGUUCUGCUGCUGCAACAUCUCAUUCUGCCUAAACUUGCUUCAUGCAUGUUUUCACCAGGUGUUGUUGUGCCUUUAACACACUGUAUGUUGCCAAUGAAGGGUUUAAGUGUCUAUUCUGUUUGUGAUUUACAUGCAUACAUGUAUUUCCUUUUAUUUCUGUGUCAUGCUAAUUGCAUUUGGCCCAUCUCUUCAUGGUAUUACAAGAAGAGAUGGGCCAAAUGCGUCUUCCUAUGGCAUUACUAUUAGGGCCAUAUAAAGAAACCAAGUUUUUAGGCAUUAUUUGGCAAUUUAAUGAGAAAAAGUCCCACUGUUAUAAGAAUAAAGAAAAUUAAAAAAAAUUCUGGAAAUAAGAGGCAAGGACAACGUUUGCACUCCAGAGUUCUGCUACUUCUGGAAGAAAAGUCACAAACCAAUCAUAUUCUUUCUUGAUUUCUUUAAUUUCAUCGUCCUCAAAAGAGGAUAUUCUAUAUAUAUAAUAUAAUAUUCCUUGUAUAAAAUGAAACAUUUAUUUCCCCUUCAUUUAUAACUUUAUUCAAGAAAUAUCUUUGUGUGGCCUUAAAACAUUUUUUUUAUCUGAAAUUAUGUAUAUAUGUUUAUACUUUUAACUAAAACCUGUGUGGUCAAAAAAAGGUUUGGAAAUGGUUAAAUCUGUGGAAAUAUUGAAAUGUAAAACAGUAAUGUCAUUUUUAAUGUGAUAUACACCAAAGUGCUUUGUUUAUACAGCAAGUGACUCUUCAUAGUAUCACAUAUAACCAGAGGCAUAAAGCUUGCUUUGUGGAAACUGUCUGAAGCAUCUCACUGCCAUCAGACAAGAUAUUACACAGUUAUCUCAGCCUGAGUGUGUGUAAAUGUAUGUGUGUGAUUAUUGCCAAUGUUUACAGGACAUGUAUUCAUUGUCAAUAUAACACUGAGUACACUGAGGUAGGAGGGAACAUAUGUUAUAUAUUAUUGCCUCUUAUUCAAGCAGCUGCAUUGAUGUUAAUGUUAUAAAAAAAGUAAUGUAUUGUGUUUAUUGUGUUUUUAUUGUUUCAUCUCAUCUUCUGCCACGUCUUUUAACAGAUGAACUGUUGUCAUAUACACACUGUUUUGUGUGUGAGCUGUGCGGAGCAGUGUUUCACUCUGCAAUCUGACUAAAUUAAAAGUUUAAGGACAAAUGUGCUCAAACUGGUGAUGAGGAGGAUGAGGAUGAUGAUGACCAGCAAGCAGCCGAGUCCUCGACUGAACUGAUUCAAUCCAAUGCACCAAAUUACUUUUUGCUCUCCCAUCAGCGGCGGAAACACUGCUACGACUGUGAAAACGUCAGUUCAAUCUUUUUAGCCCUGCUAUGUGUCAUAGUGAAAACCAUCCACUUGAUUUCCUGGAGGAAAGUCUCCUCGUCUUUGAUUUUGACUCAAAUCUCCCUCUGAUCGAGUCAGAACGGUUGAUAAUCACUAACUUCUGAUAUCUGGCUGUUUUAGUUUUUUUGUGGUAGAUGGCGAGUGAGAGCAGCUUUGCACAUCUCAAACCUUUUACAGGCUUUAGUUCACUGUGUGUUCUCAUCAUCUCAAGCUGCUCCUUUUAACUUGAAUGUGUUUGUUGAAACUAAUGGAAACUAAUGUUUUGAUUUAGCUUGUCAUAUGGUGAGCAUACUGUCUAGCCUCAGCUGCUGCUGGACCUGGACCUCAGUGCCUGUUGUUUAGGUCGAGUCUCAUUCUCGUCACCAACUGAAUUGGUCAAAUAUAUAUGUUGAAUAUUACAUUAUAGUUGUUAUAUUAAUAGUUAUGAUAAUUAAAAUGUCAUAAAUUGCAGCCUAAGCAGUGGUUCUGCCACAGCUGAAAGGAUUUUGAUUAAUCUUCCUGUUUAGUUGCUUUCUCUCUGACAUCACCUGAGAAUCCCGAAAAAAUAAGUGAAAACAUUUUUCUCGUUACCUUCAUCCAGGUCCCAUUCCUUUAUUAAGUUUGGUGGAAAUCAUUUUAUCAGUAAGCCUGUUAAAGAUUAAACCAACGAACAAACUUAACCACCUUUUCAGAGGAGAUGAAACUUUACAUACUAAGAAACACCGACUAAAAUAAUAUUUACAUAUGAUGAGGAAUUCCUACAUGUUUUUCUGUUAAGUUAUAUAAACGUUCUCUUACAAUAGUCAUCCUCACAUGUUUAGAUACCAGGUGAACUGCUGAUGCACCUCCCUUCCUCAUAUUACUCACACUUUCCACUAAACACUUUUACCCCACAUGAUGUGUUGCGUAUGUUGACCACACCCACACAACGAGAUGCAGCAGCAGCUUGUAAUAUGCUACAGCCAUUUCGACAAAUGGUGUUGUUGAACCAUUGUUGAUUUAUACAAGAAACAUAAUAUAUAUAUAUUUACGGAAUUACUGGCUGUAAAUAUCAAAUUGUAUAAAUAUAUAUAUAUAUAUAUAUAUAUAUCCCUCUAUUUACUACAUUUUUGUGUUCCCCCGGAGCAACAUUUAUAUAUUUACUGCCAGUAAUUCCGUCUGGCUGUAAAUAAGCUGAUUUACUGUGCUGUGGUUUAAUCAUUAUCUAAAACUUCAGAGUAUAUCUAUCUGCAGAGACACACCUCACACACAGGAUAUACAACCUGUUCUCUCUGUCUCCACCUGGAACUCGCUUUGUACUCAACACUGUGCUUGGGGAUCACACUUUAUACAUGAUGUCAAACAAUGUGAAGAGUUUAACAGUGGGAAUUAAUCCCAUAUCCAAAAGCGACGUUUUCACCAGUGGCGAUCCGCUCACAGGACAGAUCAAUCUGGAGGUGGCUGGAGACUGCAAAAUCAAUUCACUCGACGUGAAGCUGAAGGGAAAAGCAGAAGUGAAAUGGACCGAACAUAAUGGAAGAACCACCGUAGUGUACCACAACAAAAUGAAGUACUUCAGCAUUAAACAAUCUCUCUUUCAGGAAGGUCGCGGCGCCACUGUCGGCCCAGGCUGCCAUGUCUACCCAUUCAUCUUUCAGAUUCCAGCACAAGAGCUGCCAUCCUCCUUCAAAGCCUCCCACGGAAAGAUCGUGUACACGGUGGAGGUGGUUCUCAGCCGGCCCAUGAAAAUGGACAGUAAAGCUAAGGCUCAGUUCAGCCUCAUGCACAAAGGAAACCCACACAAUGAGGCGUCGCUGAGGAUCCCACAGCACAGUAUCAUCGAUAAGAAGAUGAACCUCUUCACAUCAGGAACAGUGGGCAUGGAUGUAAACAUUGCACAGACAAGCUUCCGCCAAGGUGAAGGCAUCAAAGUUGUGGCCUCCAUUCAGAACAAGUCAUCUCGUGAAAUCAGGCCCAAGUACUGCUUGUACAGGAAGUACAGCUACUUUUCAACAACGAAGAGGCGUGUUGAAACCAAAGACAUCCUGAAAGAAGUGGGCGAAGCCAUUCCGCCUAUGGCCGGUCAGACUGUCACCAGGAUCAUCACCAUCCCUGCCACCACGUGUGCGUCCAUCUUGAACUGCAGCAUCAUCAAAGCUGAGUACAGACUCAGGGUCUAUCUGGAUGUUAAAUAUGCUUCGGACCCCGAGAUCAAGUUCCCUAUAGUCAUCCUGCCUGCUUCACAGGGGCCUGAUGAUGAGAGGCCGCCCCCUGCAUAUGGAUUUGAAGGGUAUGCAAACUCGAGCGUAGGGACCGAUUUCCUACAAAACCCAACUGCCUUUGAACCAUCUGCUCCACCUCCAUCCUAUGGCACAUACGCAAUGUACCCCUCGUUGACUGGUGCUGCUGGGAAGUACUAGAUUCUCAAAUACAUAUAAUGUGAAGUGCGCAGAUAAGUUGUUUAAUUCACGAUAUAACAUGUGACUCUAAUAAGUUAGGGUCUACCACUCGCUGUAAAGUAUUUACUAUGUUUCUGCUUAAACCCUUUCACUCAGACAAGUGGAAAGAAUGCUGCCUGCAAAACCCUGAAGAUAAUCUUAAAUUGUUGGUUGUUGUAGAAGCUAAAAAGUAGAAAAUGUAAUGUAAUGUAGUAUUGGUAGUAUACUACAUUCCAGUGUUCCAUUUAAGCUGUAGCUCCUGUAUCACAGAUAGGAUGUGGUUGACAGUAGCUUACUUCACUUUAUAUCAUUGCAUCAUGUUGAAUGACAAUUGCUCAACUGCUGCAUAUUAUGACACACAGAGAAUGCCUCAGACUUGCUGCUAUUACGUAAACUAUAUGUUCUAUUGCUCCUAAUCAAAUAUCUUAUUCAAGUGAGCACAGAGAACAAUAGACAGUCGUAUUGACGGCUUACAAAAAAAAAAGCUUUAUAUUGUCUCAGGGAAUAAAGGCACCUCUGUGGAUCCAUAAAGUGCUCUUAUUUUUAAUUAUUAUGAAUUAUUGUGCCUGUACCUCAAUCAGUUACUUUUAAAUGAUGUCACUUAUCAUCAUAUAUAUAUCAUACUUGUAUCACACAGGGUCAACAUUACAAUGUUGGACAAGAAUAAACCGGUCAGCUCAGCAGUGCAAUAGUUAAAUUAAAAUAAAAGCAUGGUAGAAAGAGUUUACUAUAAAAAGUCCACAAACAAAACUAUAUACAUUCAAAGUGCAGUGUGAACUUCGAUUUAAUGUAUGACAACUUUAACUGUAGGGAGUCUGUGUGAAUAGUUAUUGUACAGGUGUAUGUAUAGUUAGUUCACUGUGUGUGUAUCAGUUGUUUCACAUUUGAAUGAAUCAGUAAAUCAAUAUAAGCUUCAGAUUGUCUUUGUUAUUUGCUGACAUAUCCUGGAAAUGUGUUAACGGAACAUAUGUGUGUUGACCUUGACACACACAAACACACACACACACACACAUGCACACACAGAUUAAGAUAAUAACUCGAGCCAUGAGAUAAACCAUCAGUCACAAGAUGAUGAACGUUUUCUUUCCAGUAGUGAAUACAUCCCGAAGGAGUCUCAUGCUGGUCUGAUCACAGUUCAUAGAUUAUUGAACUGAUCUAUAUCUUUGACUGACCUUUUAAGUUUAAAAGUGAACAGGAGGUUUUGACCUCUUUUCAAAGGGACACCUCGUCCAACAAGUCAUUUCAUGUGAACAAGGCAGUCCGUACAAUUUGUUUGCAUGCCUAAUAUAACACUCACUUUGUGUGCAAGGGCCUUUAGAGCCUGACACUGUGCCUGUCACGUGGUUCCUGGCUGGUUUCUACACAUGUGCUGGAGGUGGGCGUGGCAGAGCGUCCUUAUAAGGUGACAGCAGCUGGACUCCAGCUGGCCCCUGUGUGCCAGGGGAACCGAUAUUAAAGUCUCAGUCAGAGCUCAAUUGUUUUUCUCAACUUUUGGGGUUGGUGGUUGGCUUGUGUUUUUGCACCACACACCAUUACAGUCACAUUUUCUUACUCAUGCACCCACCCACCAUGCUGAUAUGACUUCAUACAACAUUGUUAGUUUUAGAUAUCCUCCACAUAUUCAUAAUUACUUAAUAAUAAUUUGUUGAUUGUUAUUUUCCAUGUGUCUCCAUCUUUUGUCAUAGCCUCGCGAUUGGUUCAUGACAACCUGUUCGGUUUUUAACUCCUUCCUCUUCAUUAAUUGUGCAUGUGUUUUGAAUUCAAUGUGUAAUAAACCACAGUGACAUCUCCCAUUCGCUAUGAAAGCCUGGUAUGUUUGCAUCUUGGCAGAUUGCUAUUAUAAGGGUUUUCUAGGUAGUAAGUGAAUGCUUCUCCUUCAUUCAUUCACUAGCAGAGUUGUAUAAUUUUAAUAUAGUUAAAAGUUAAUAUUUUCCUUUUCAUCCCAAAAUUCAGAAGAUCUGCCAUAUUGCAGCAGCAAAGACGACAGAGAAGCAUUAGUAAAAUCUAAUAAACACAUGUAAAUAAAAACAGGGGCAAUCUCUAACUAUAAUGAAAUAUAGGAAUGGCAAUAAUACACUGUAAACAGGACAAAAAGUGUGUAAAUGGGAAUGCACCUGACAAUGUUGCAGUUACGGGGACAAAUUGAUUGCACAAACUAAUGGGUUUUGAAAUUGUACCUUAGUGAAUCAGUAGUGCAAUAAUGUGGAUCAUGUAAUCUGGGGAAACUCGUGGUUGGACAUUGUAAUAGAUGCAGGAACUAACUACUAUAACUCUUUCCAUCUUGCACCACUGAGUUCAGACCAGGCUGGGUCUAAAUUGCAAUCACUUUCCAGUUGUGUCAAGAUAACAAUGGACCAACAUCACGCCUGACCACACCUCAUUUCAAACCAAGCACCAAAUCCUGUUAGGGAUUACGGAAUUUGCUAUUUGAUCAUGCUGGAAAAUAACUGAGUGACUUUACCUCAUGAUUGGUACUGCUUUGUCCACUGUGUUUGUUUGUUUGUUUGUUAGCAUGAUUACACAAAAACAACUCAACAAGUUAAUAUGAAAUGUCGUGGAGGGGUGUGGAAAUUUGAAACAGAGAUCCAAGAUUUCUUAACAUUAGCGUUUUUGGACUUAUCUUAUCGUUGCUUUUCUCAUUUCAUCUAAUGUUAUCAUAUUGUAUCGCAUCAUUGAGUAGCGUAACGGACGAUAGGGUAUCGUGGUAUCUAAUCAUAUCUUAUGUUAUUUUAUAUUAUCUCAUCUUAUGUUAUCUUAUCUUAUAAUAUACUGUAUAUUUUCUUAACCUAUCUUUUGAAUCCUACUUUUGUAUUUUUUCAAUUUGCAGUUUUGUUACUUAACUGAUACGGAACGACCAUUAAGGAUAUCCCACCAACUAUUAUCUUAAACAGACAGGAAAUGAAUGAAUAUAUGGUACAGGAAAUAAGAUUCAUCCAACAAUGUAUGUCUAACGAUUAUUGAGGGAAUGAGUGGUAUAGGAAAUAAGUUAUAUCUUAUAAUAAUUAAUAAGUGGUACAGGAAAUGAGAUAUGUCUAAUAAUUAAUGUCAAAGAUUAAUGAGUGAAUGAGUGGGAUAGGAAAUGAUAUAUGGCUAAUAAUGAACGAAUGAGUGGUUUGAGGGGAGGGAGUAAACAUCUUCUCGCUCCCUCCUAAAAAUUAGGACACACCCACUGAAGUUGUUGUGCUUUUUCUCUCGGUUCAGGCAGUGGGUG